CUUCAUUGCAUUACUGCAUUGUAGGCAUUUUUGUACAUCACUUGAAGACAGAAGCGUGUGUUACUUUCGAUUCAAGAGAUAAUCCUUUUGCGAUUGAAGUGAAAAUUAGCAUGUAAACUAUAUAGUUAUAUAAAGUUAUAUCUUACCUGGAAUAUUCCAUAUAUUGAUUUGUGAGUGAAUUGGUAUAUGGUUACAUAAAAUGACAUCACCAAAAAUGCACGACCCGUUGUUCCAUUUCGAAACUCAUUUCCCAGAAAGAUUAUCACGACUUCAUUUAAAUCCAGAAUUUUGCCCACAGGUACAGUCAAGGGCUGGCAGACGAUCUCGUGCACAGCGGAAGUGUGGAAGAUACAAGACGCAGCCUAUUACCUUUGACGAAAUUACGGAAGUUGACGAAGAAAACGUCCAAGACGAACCCAACGAGGACAAUAUUAAGCAAUUGCAGGAAUUUUCGCGUUCAAUGGACGGUUUAGUAAUCAAAACCGCUAAAAGUUCUAGGAGACAUCAUGCAAAAUGUGAUUUAAGUAUACCGGAAGACAGAAAUAACAAUAGAAAGCAAGAUUCAGUGCAAUCAAGAUUGCAAACAGAAAGUUUAAAAGACAACAAAGAAAAUCAUCCAAAAAUGAAAAAUCAAAAUGGGGAACCUAUUGGCCUGCCACCUACUGGUCUUAAUCCUUCACGUGAUCCGCGAAGACAAAGAAUAACCGCAAAGGCAAAACGUCGUCAAAUGACGGAUGAAGCGCAAAAAGACCAAGACACAUAGUUUUGGAUGUUCUCUAAUAUAUGUUAAUAUUGUGGAUAAAUAUUAUUUUUAUACAUAUACUGUGCGUUUGUGUUCGCUGUCAACAAAGUUGUAAAUGUUGCUUUAGAUUAGUGAGGAAAAUGAAUCCAAAUACAUCGUGAUGCUUAUUGUUACACGUCAUGAAUAAUAACUCAACAGACUGAGAAUUUUUUUAUAAUGUAUUUCAGGAACAAAGACAUUCUUGUAUGUAUUAUAACUCUCAGACGCAGAAUAUCUUGUGAAGACAUACCUUUUUGUAAACGAAUGCAAAUUGUGAUAGAAAUACUAUAUAAGAAAAAAGAAAUGAACAUUUUUAAUGUUAUUAAUUAAAAGGAAAGUGUAAUUUAAAAUUGUAUUUUGAAUCAAAUAUUUAUUUUUCUGUCGUCAAACUGAUGAUCAUUGACACGUGAUACAGAGUCCAAUAGUGCACUAACUAAUUCAACUCCUGAAAUAUUAAAGCAAAAACUACA